AUGUAAACCUUGAAAUUAUUCUAUCUUAGUAAAUACUACAAGAAAUCUGUAUAUGGUGUAUUAGGUUUAGGUGUAAUAGGAGUAAUACUAUUGAUUUCAACUAAAAUAAGGAAAUAAAAUUCAAAGUAGUAAUCUCUUGACCAAUUUCAAUCAGAAGAAUAAUCAAUUUAAGGGACAAUUUUUAAUUAAUUGGAUAAAUGCUCAUUGUCUAAUUUAGAAGAAGUUGUAACACUGAACACAUCAAUAAAGAUUGAAAUUGAUUUUAAACAAUAAUAACUAAUAGGAAGUGUAACAUUGAAGAUGAAGGCUAUAAAGGAUAUUAAUAAAGUUUUAUUAGAUGCUAAACUGUUGAAUGUACAAUAGGUAAGUGUCAAUAAUGAAGACACACAAUUCAAUUAUAAAUAAUUAGUAGUUAAUGACUUGGGAGAUCAAUUAGAAAUAAUAACAUAAAAAUAAGCAAAUGAAGAAUUUCAGAUUGAAAUCACGUUUUCAACAUAAUAAAAUGUACAGAAUGAAUAAGUAGCUAUGAAUUGGCUUUUACCAUCUUAAACAUUUGGUUGUAAGCAUCCUUUCUUAUUUACCCAAUCAGAGCCAAUUUAUGCAAGAUCAUUAUUUCCCUGUCAAGAUAGUCCAUCAAUGAAAUCAACUUUCGAUAUACAAUUGAUUGUUCCUGCUCCUUUAAAAGCAUAUGGAUCAGGAUUGAUAGUCAAAGAAACUAACUAGGGAGACAAGAACAUAUUCUAAUUUAAUUAACCUGUGGCAAUACCUGCAUAUCUCUUUGCUAUUUGUGCUGGAGAUUUGGAGAAAAAAUAAAUAAGCGAGAGGACAUUUGUAAUAUCAGAACCGAUUAUAAUAAAUAAAUGUAGCUAUGAAUUUUCUGACAUGGAAAAGUAUCUUUCAACAAUUGAAGACUAUUUAACACCCUAUAAAUGGAAUUAAUAUACAGUUGUUGUAUUACCAAAGGCCUUUCCUUUUGGAGGGAUGGAGAAUCCAAAUUUGACAUUUUUAUCACCUUCCUUGAUUGUGGGGGAUAAGAGUGAGGCCUCUGUUGUUAUACACGAGAUGAUACAUUCAUGGUCUGGGAAUAAUAUGACAUGUUAAAAUUGGGAAUGUUUUUGGUUAAAUGAGGGUAUCACUACUUUUAUUGAGAAUAAAAUGGUUGGCAAGAUUUUUGGAAAAGAUCAAUAGACAUUACAUGGCUUAUUAGGAGAUAAUGAUUUAUAGAAAAGUAUAAGUAGCUUUGGAGCAACUCACACUUAUACGUCUUUAUCUCCAAAAAUCAACUAACAAAAUCCAGAUGACUGUUUCUCUUCAAUUCCUUAUGAAAAAGGAUGUUAGUAUUUGAGAUUGCUUGAAUCUUAGAUUGGAGAAGUGAAAUUCUAAGAGUUUAUAAGAUUAAUCGUUUCUUAGAAUACUCUGAAUUCGGAUUAAUUCAGAACUCUUUUAAAGAGAUUUCUUCUUGAAAAUAAUAUUUAAGGAGUGGAUCUUCAAUGGUAGUAAUGGAUUGUUGAGCCUGGUUUGCCUAAAAAUUCAUUAAAAAUAGAUCCAUAAUUUACUAAAAAAUACUAAAAUUUAGCUGAUGAUCUCUUUUAGAAUAAGUUGCCUUUGUAGGAUUUCUAAGAGUUACAUUCAAAUGAAAAGUGUUAUGUCUUGGAUUUAUUAGGCAACAAUUAAAUUGACUAAAACACAUUAAAGAAUUUGGAUGAGGAGUAUCAACUGCUUGAUUCUAAUAAUCCUGAGAUUUUACAUAGAAUUUUAAUUUAUGGAAUAGAGUGUGGUUAUCCAAGUGCUUUGGGAGAUAAGUUGAGUUAAUUUUUAAGUAUGAAUGGCAGAAUGAAGUUCAUAAAUCCUGUAUAUAGAGUUUUGGCUGAAAAGCAACCAGAUUUAGGAUAGAGAAUAUUCAACUUAUACAAGAAUAGUUAUCAUAGCAUAGCAGUAGGCUAAAUAUAAAAGAUGUUUUAGAAAUGA